AGAAGCAAAAGAAAAGUAGGAUCUUUAACUCAAGAUCCAGGGAAUGAAUUGAAGUUAAAGAUGUACGCCCUUUUUAAGCAGGGUUCUUUAGGCAAAUGUAAUACACCAAAGCCUGGGACUUUGGACUUUGUUGGAAAGGCAAAAUGGAAUGCAUGGAACGAUUUGGGUGAUUUAUCACAGGUAGAUGCACAAAAACAGUAUAUAGCACUUGUGGAAUCUUUACUAGGACAAAAAUCCAAGACCAACAGCCAACCCAACAAAGACAUUAAUACAUCAAAUGAGUUUGAAAAUAUUCUUGUCUCUACUGAUGGCGGUUUGAGGACAAUCACAAUGAACAGGCCUGAUAAAUACAAUGCUUUGACCCCAAAGUUUUGUCAACGCCACUAA